GUUCUGGCUAAAAUCAUGGAGAACCUUAUCAAGAACCGGCUUGAAUGGUUUUUGGAAAGUAAAGGCAUCUUAUCUCCUUCUCAGUUUGGCUUCCGAAGAGGGAUGGGUACUCUGGACAGCCUUAGCAUUUUCGUUUCGGAUGUUCGAAUCGCUUUUUCAAAAAAUGAAAGCGUAGUUGGUGUCUUUCUUGAUGUUGCAUCAGCUUACGAUAACGUCCAACUUCCACUACUCAGGCAGAAGAUGCAUCAGCUGAGUGUUCCUGUGAGGUUGGUUAACAUAAUCUGCAACAUGCUAAUGUCUCGAACGAUCACUAUCCGUCAUCAACAUUCCGUUUCCCCAUCCCGUUUAGUCUGGAAAGGCCUGCCCCAGGGCUCGGUCUUAAGCCCUAUCCUGUAUAACUUAUAUACUCACGAUUUAGAGUCUUCGGUUAACUGCUUCUGCAAAAUUCUACAGUACGCGGAUGAUAUUGCCCUCUAUUAUAGUUUCUCCUCCCCUCAAGAUGCCUCUUCUCGCUUAAACUCUGCUCUAUACUACCUCAAUCAGUGGCUAUGCGACCAUGGCCUUAGCCUAUCAGUGCCUAAAUGCAAUGCGGUUGUCUUUUCUCGCAAACGUAAUAUCCCCCCUAUUAACCUAUCUAUUGAUAAUGUUCCCAUUUCUACUCUUGACAAAAUUAAAUUUCUCGGUAUAAUUCUUGACUCUAAAUUAUCUGGCCUUCACCAUCUAGAAUACAUUAGCAAAAAAUGUGAAAAAGGUGUGAACGCCCUACGUGCCCUUUCUGGGGUUCGGUGGGGUGCUCACCCAUCAACCCAAAGAAUCCUUUAUAAUGCCAUAAUCCGGAGCCACUUUGACUACGGCAGCUUUCUGUUGGAGCCAUGUAACAAAAUUGCCUUAGCCAAAUUGGAUAAGAUCCAAGCCAAAUGUUUGCGAAUUAUUACAGGAGCUAUGAAAUGUUCCCCUAUAAACGCUCUGCAGGUGGAAUGUUUGGAUCCUCCUCUUAACUUACGCAGACAAUACCUCUCGGAUAGAUUCUUUUUCAAAGCUCUCCAAAUUAAAUCCCACCCCCUUCUUCCUCUUUUAAAAACACUGCAUGAGCUUAUUGCCUCUUCCCGUUACUGGUCACACAAACUUCCUCCUCCCCUUAUUAACAGCUACAGUAAAGUCAAUGAUCCUCACAUAUCCCUAGUCCAGUCCAAUACUAACCCUCUUUUUGAAGUUAGUUUCGAAACGUUACUCUUUCAACCGAAAGUCAUUCUCAGCCUCGGUAUUUCCAAACAUGACCCUGGUGCUAAUAAUAAAUUAAAUAAGAUUUUAACCGAAGACUGGCAAGACUGGCUCACUAUGUACACUGAUGCUUCCAAAAUUUCAGAAGAUGGCAUUGUGGGAACUGCGGUGUGGAUCCCUAAAUAUAAAAUUAUUCUGAGCAAUAAAGUUUCUCCACACUCCUCUAUCUAUACAGGGGAAUCAAUAGCCCUUUUAGAAGCUGUUAAAUACGUCGAUUCUCAUAGUCUAAACAAAACUUUAAUUCUUUCUGACUCUCUAAGCUGCCUUCAAGAUUUGAUAAAAUUUCCUUUUCGUGCUCGUCAUAACUUCCCCAUUAUUCUUCAGAUCAAGCAACUUCUGUUUAAAUGUCACUCUUCAGGUAUUCAAGUUACUUUGGCCUGGAUCCCCAGUCACUCGGGCAUCGUGGGUAACGAUAAUGCAGAUUCACUUGCCAAGGUAGCAAUUCGAAAUGGAGAUGAUUCUUACCUCAGGACUUGUUUCCCUCGAGAUCUGUGCUGCACCGCCAAACCUUCUAUGAUGAAGAGCUGGGAUUCCCUUUGGCAGAAAACCCGUAAAGUCAAAGGUAAAUUCUUCGGAUCCAUUCAACCUUCUAUUCCUCACAAAGCUUGGUUUAGUAAACACAAGAAUUUUAAGAAAUUGGCUACAUCGGUCAUCAUUCGAUUGCGGCUUGGUUUUGUCUGUACUCCAGUUUUUUUGGCUAAGAUCAGAGUCAGAGAUCAUUCUAUCUGUGAAUGUGGCCUGGAGGAGGGUACUCUGGAACACUUAUUCUUUUCCUGCCCCCGUCUUAUUACGCCCCUUUAUGACCUCCUUCCUAAUGACAUCCCACGUCCUAUUAACAUUCCUUUUUUACUAACCCUAGUCCAUUCUCCCAUUAUUAAAACGUUAUAUAAGUUUAUUAGUAUUAAUCAGAUAUAUAUAUAACAUAAUUCACCGCCUAUACUCACAAUAGUUAUUAUUGUUUCGAUGUUUCGAUGUUACUUUUUCGCUCUUACUUCAAAUAUGUAUGACAUUGACAAUACUGACAAUUAAUCAUUUAUGUUCUAACAGCUGUGCCGUCUCGUGUUUGUCACAAAUACUAACAAAUGUUUUGUCCCCCUUUUUCAGCUCUACAAUCGCUGUAGUCACUAGAGAAUAAUAAGUAUUAUUUUAUUUUUAAUUAAAAACCGAUCA